AUGCUUACCACUCAGAGUCGCCAGAAGAGCUACGCUGAUCAGAGAUGGAAAUCGUUAGAAUUUGAUGAAGGAGAUUAUGUAUUCCUAAGAGUUACUCUAAUAACAGGAGUGGGUAGAGUGAUCAAAGGAAAGAAAUUGAACUUGUACGAUGUGUUUCAGAUCCUGAAGAGAAUCGGGCCGGUAGCGUAUCGGAUAGCUCUACCACCGCAUCUUUCAAAUUUGCACAACAUGUUUCAUGUGUCACAGCUUUGGAAAUACACUCCUGGUGCUAGCCACAUUUUAGAACCUGAAUUAGUUCAAUUGAAAGAGGAUCUGACGCUUCAAGUGACUCCGGUUCGAAUUGACGAUACUAGUAUUAAGAGAUUACGCGGAAAGGAAGUCUCAUUAAUAAAAGUUGCUUGGAGUCGAGUUGGAAUUGAGGAACACACUUGA